ACCAGUCUGCCCAUGGUGAUGGUCUGCGGCACGCAGUGACAAGUUGAGUCCACUCAAAGAUAGCCAAUCAUGUAGCUUUAGUUCGUACUCGGUCUUCAAACACAUUCAAUGGCGAAGCGAACGACGGCAUCGUGUCGUAAUUAUAGAAUAUAUUUUUUUAUGGCUCACAUUACAACGUGUUUUGAGUGGUAGUGGUUUUUGAUGCGCUUUCUUUUGGCAUACCAUUUUGGCAGAGCGCGCACCACUCUGAAUGUGACACCUUGGAUAGUUGACGGAUUGGGAAAAUGCCUCAUCAAAGUUUGUCAUCGUUAAGAACUCAAACUUUACAAUUAAUAUAUUUAAGCUUUUGCAAAAUUAACUUGGAAUGAAUGAAGAAUGCAUAUCGUUUGGGAAAUAUUUUUGAUUUUUCAAGCAUAUUUCAUCUGUACAUCAGCACAGCUAAUUUCACCAAAGAUUCAUGACGGUUGGUGGGCGUACAAAGAUGCUGUCCAAGGGAGCUUUGUUCCAGUACCAUCCUUCUGGGGGCUAGUGAAUUCCGCCUGGAACCUGUGUGCCGUGGGAAAGAGGCAGUCGCCGGUCAACGUCGAGACCAGUCACAUGAUCUUUGACCCCUUCCUCCCCCCUCUACGUCUCAACACAGGCGGACACAGCAAGAUGGGAGGCACCAUGUACAACACAGGGCGCCACGUGUCGCUGCGGCCAGACAAGGCUCACCUGGUGAACAUCUCCGGUGGGCCUCUGGGUUACAGUCACCGGCUGGAGGAGAUCCGCCUGCACUUCGGUAGCGAGGACGGCCAGGGCUCGGAGCAUCUGCUCAAUGGACAGUCCUUCCCUGCAGAGGUGCAACUUAUACACUACAACCAGGAACUCUAUGCCAACUACAGUGAGGCAGCCAAGAGCCCCAAUGGCAUAGCAAUUGUGUCCAUAUUCAUAAAGAUAUCCGAGUCUCCAAAUGUAUUCCUGAAUCGCAUGCUGAACAGAGACACCAUCACGAGAAUAACAUACAAACAUGAUGCAUUCUUACUCAUGGGGCUCAACAUAGCAGAUCUAUAUCCAGACACUAUACGUUUUAUAACAUACGAGGGCUCCAUGACUAUCCCACCCUGCUUCGAGACAGCCACCUGGAUCCUCAUGAACAAACCUGUGUACGUCACACAGAUGCAGAUGCAUUCCCUGCGACUGCUAAGUCAGAAUGAGCCAUAUAAGAUAUUCCUCAGUAUGAGUGACAACACGCGGCCCGCCCAGCCUCUCCUACAGCGCUGUAUCCGCACCAACAUCAACUUCAGCAAGCAGGGCCGAGACUGCCCCAACAACCGUGCCCUGAGGCCCCAGUAUCGAGUAAACCAGUGGCUUCUGAAGUAGGAAAAAGAUGAACAUGCUGUACAAUACAACAGGAUAAAAACUAAAUAUGGGAUCCUGAUUCUCAAGACUUUAUUUGAAUGUGGAAAUACUACAUUAUCAGCAGAGGCUGUUUUUUUAAUGUGUUUGAGAUUGCAAAGUAAGACAAGGAAAGAUUGAAAGGUGUAACUUUUAAGAAUGCACAAAUGUAAUUCUUCUACAGAGCUUAUGGAAAUGGACUGUACCGAAAUUCAGCAGGCUCCGCCAUUUACUGACCUCUGCAGUGGAGACAAUGAGGACCUCUUUCAUGACAUCAUCAUCAUCAGAUUCACUUGAGUACCCAAAGAUCCCAAAGGACCAACACUUCUUGAAAUUAGCUAAAUGUAAUCACAGAUACAACCAUAAUGUGUUUUGAUACCAACAGCAUUCCAUCAGAUCUAACAACAAGCUAAGAAUCUAAAUAUGAUGGGUGCUCUUCUGGUGAUGAAACCUUCUACAUAACCACGUCACAAGCAAAAGGUGUACUGAAUAAAUGUCACAAAUGCAGAAACAUUUCCUGACCAUGUGACCUAACCAGGAAAAAUUCUGGGCCCCAGUAAAACACUAGGGCAAGAGAUUUUCCUGUUCAGGCCACAUAGUCAGGAAACACUCCUAGCCAUAGACUUGGGAGAUCCAGUAUUUUAUACUGUAUUUGCUAAACUUUUCUAGACAUUUUGGGCCAUUUGCCUUUUCUCUGUUUAAUUGUUUACAAUUUCAUUCACUCUGUUUAUUUCAAUGAUAACAGCCCAAUUAACAUUUUUCAGAUAAUUAUCCAAGAUAAAAUCACACUUUACAUAAGGCCUAUAUAGUAUAUGCUGUUUAAGAAUUGUAUAUUGUCUAGCACUGAAUAGAGCAUGGGACGUGAUUUGUCUGCAAAUUCUUUACGCAGUCACAAGGCAUUCCUUAUCAAUUAUUUAUCCUCAUUUUAAAUUCAGAGCUGUGUAUGGCGUUACAGGCAAUGUGGGUGUGUGUGUGUGUGUGUGUGUGUGUGUGUGUGUGUGUGCGCGCAUGUGUACAUGACUGUAUGUGUGUGUGUGUGCGCUUUCUGCUGAGCAUUGAAUGUCUCAUUAAAUAGGGUAAAUCUCCUCGUUUUGUGGCAACGAAACAAAUACAAUUGUAUUUGUCACAUGCGUCAAAUACAACAACAGGCCUAGAGUGAUAUGCUUACUAACGAGCUCUUUCCCACCGAUGCAGAGUAAAACAAGAAGAUAAAAACCACAAGAGAAAUAACACACAAGAAUGAAGCUAAAUACAGGGAGUACCAAUAUACCAUAUCAAUUUACAGGGGUAUGAGGUAGUUGAGGUAAGUAUAUACAGUGCCUUCAGAAAAGAUUCACACCCCUUUUUUUAUUUUUUAUUUUUUUAUUUCACCUUUAUUUAACCAGGUAGGCAAAUUGAGAACACGUUCUCAUUUACAAUUGCGACCUGGCCAAGAUAAAGCAAAGCAGUUCGAUACAUACAACAACACAUAGUUACACAUGGAGUAGAACAAACAUACAGUCAAUAAUACAGUGAAAAAUAAGUCUAUAUACAAUGUGAGCAAGUGAGGUGAGAUAAGGGAGGUGAAGGCAAACAAAAUAUAUAUAAAAAUAAAUAAAAAUAUAAAAAGGCCAUGGUGGCGAAGUAAAUACAAUAUAGCAAGAAAAAAAAAAUAUAUAUAUAUAUUUUAAACACUGGAAUGGUUGGUUUGCGGUGGAAGAAAGUGCAAAGUAGAGAUAGAAAUAAUGGGGUGCAAAGGAGCAAAAAUAAAUAAAUGAAUACAGUAGGUAAAGAGGUAGUUGUUUGGGCUAAAUUAUAGAUGGGCUAUGUACAGGUGCAGUAAUCUAUGAGCUGCUCUGACAGCUGGUGCUUAAAGCUAGUGAGGGAGAUAAGUGUUUCCAGUUUCAGAGAUUUUUGUAGUUGGUUCCAGUCAUUGGCAGCAGAGAACUGGAAGGAGAGGCGGCCAAAGGAAGAAUUGGUUUUGGGGGUGACCAGAGAGAUAUACCUGCUAGAGCGCGUGCUACAGGUAGGUGCUGCUAUGGUGACCAGCGAGCUGAGAUAAGGGGGGACUUUACCUAGCAGGGUCUUGUAGAUGACCUGGAGCCAGUGGGUUUGGCGACGAGUAUGAAGCGAGGGCCAGCCAACGAGAGUGUACAGGUCGCAGUGGUGGGUAGUGUAAGGGGCUUUGGUGACAAAACGGAUGGCACUGUGAUAGACUGCAUCCAAUUUAUUGAGUAGGGUAUUGGAGGCUAUUUUGUAAAUGACAUCACCGAAGUCGAGGAUUGGUAGGAUGGUCAGUUUUACAAGGGUAUGUUUGGCAGCAUGAGUGAAGGAUGCUUUGUUGCGGAAUAGGAAGCCAAUUCUAGAUUUAACUUUGGAUUGGAGAUGUUUGAUGUGAGUCUGGAAGGAGAGUUUACAGUCUAACCAGACACCUAGGUAUUUGUAGUUGUCCACAUAUUCUAAGUCAAAGCCGUCUAGAGUAGUGAUGUUGGGCAGGUGCAGGCAGCGAUCGGUUGAAGAGCAUGCAUUUAGUUUUACUUGUAUUUAAGAGCAGUUGGAGGCCACGGAAGGAGAGUUGUAUGGCAUUGAAGCUUGCCUGGAGGGUUGUUAACACAGUGUCAAAAGAAGGGCCAGAAGUAUACAGAAUAGUGUCGUCUGCGUAGAGGUGGAUCAGAGACUCACCAGCAGCAAGAGCGACAUCAUUGAUGUAUACAGAGAAGAGAGCCGGUCCAAGAAUUGAACCCUGUGGCACCCCCAUAGAGACUGCCAGAGGCCCGGACAACAGCCCUCCGAUUUGACACACUGAACUCGAUACUUGACAAAGUAGGAUUUAUAUGAAUUGAAUUGUAAUUUUUUUGGCAACAAUCUAAACAAAAUAGUCUAAUGUCAAAAUGGAAGAAAAAUUAUCAUUUUUAAUUUAUUUAUUUUUAUUUUUAAUUAAAUGGAAAAUAAAACACUAAGUAUUCAACCCCUUGAGUCAAUACAUGUUAGAAUCACCUUUGGCAGUGAUUACAGCUGUGAGUCUUUCUGGGUAAGUCUCUAAGAGCUUUGCACACCUGAAUUGUACAAUAUUUGCCCUUUAUUCUUUUUACAAUUUUUCAAGCUCUGGUUAUUGGUCUUUGCUAGACAGCCAUUUUCAAGUCUUGCCAUGGAUGUUUUUUGCCAAUUUAAGCCAACUUUAACUAGGGCACUCUUGGUGAGCAACUCCUGUGUAUAAUUGGCCUAGUGUUUAGGCUAUUGUGCGGCUGAAAGGUGAAGGAACCAGGUUUUCCUCUACGAUUUUGCCUAUGCUUAGCUCUAUUGCAUUUAUUAUUUUUUUUUUAAACUCCUUAGUCCUUGCCAAUGACAACCAUACCCAUAACAUGAUGCAGCCAACUUCAUGCUUGAAAAUAAGAAGAGUGUUAGUCAGUGAUGCUUUGUAUUCAGGACAAAAAGUAAAUUUCUUUGCCACAUUUUUUGCAGUAUUACUUUAGUGCCUUAUUGCAAACAGGAUGCAUGUUUUGGAAUAUGUGUAUUCUGUACAGGCUUCCUUCUUUUCACUCUGUCAUUUAGGUUAGUAUUGAGGAGUAACUACAAUAUUGUUGAUACAUCCUCAGUUUUCUCGCAUCACAGCCAUUAAACUCUGUUUUAAAAUCCCCAUUGGCCUCAUGGAGAAAUCCCUGAGCGGUUUCUGUCCUCUCCGGAAACUGAGUUGGGAAGGAAGCCAGUAUCUUUGUAGUGACUGGGUGUAUUAAUACCCAUCAAAACUGUAAUUAAUAACUUCACCAUGCUCAAAGGGAUAUUCAAUGUCUGCUUUUUAUUUUUACUCAUUUAGGUGCCCUUUGUGUGGUAUUGGAAAACCUACAUGAUCUUUGUGGUUGAAUCUGUGCUUGAAAGUCACUGCUCGACUGGGGGACCCAGAUAAUUGUGGGUUACAGAGAUGAAGUAGUCAUUAAAAAAAUCAUGUUAAACACCAUUAUAGCACACCGAGUCCAUGCGACUUAUUAUGUGACUUGUUAAGCAAAUUUGUACUCCUGAACUUAUUUAGGCUAGCCAUAACAAAGGGGUUGAAUACUUAUAUUGAAGUGACUUCAGCUUUUCAUUUUUUCUUAAUUUGUAAACAUUUAUAAAAACAUAAUUCCACUGACAUUAUGGGGUAUUGUGUGUGUAUAUCAGUGGGUGUGAAUACUUUCUGAAUGCACUGUACAUGUAGGCAGGGUUAAAGUCACUAGGCAUCAGGAUAGAUAAUAAUAAGAGUAGAAAAACAAAGUAGUAGCAGCGUAUAUGAUGAGUGUACACUCUUAGAAAAAGGGGUUACAAAGGGGUUAUUUGCGGAGGGAUAGAGUUCUACCAAGAACCGUUCUGAUCUAAAGAACCCUAUUUGGAAGACAAUGAUUAUUUGUAAGGCAAAGGGUUCUACCUAGAACCUUUAACAUCCUGAGAACCGUUUUGGGAAGAAAGGGUUAUUUGAUGAUUCUUUGGAAGAUGAGAAGGAUUCUUUGGAAGGCAAGAAGAGUUCUACAUAAAACCAUACAUAAUAUUUCCCAGUAUGCUCUAUUGCAGGGAGAUUAAGAAUUGUUUGUUUUACUGUAUUAUCUGUGUUUUUGCAAGUACAUUGAAUGGUUGAUUAAUUUCAUGCUACACAAAGAUAAAUAACAUACAGUUUUCUAAAAUAAUCCAAUCUGAUAGUAAUUGGAUUUAUUGCACCUAUUACUGAGAUGGCUGUUCCAGUUUAGAUGAUUGAGAUAGGUUAUGGAAGAUUGAAUACUGAGACUGACAGUCAUUCUGAAUGCAGGUUGCGGGUGAUUGAACAAUUCCACUUGUUGGAUAUACUAACUGGCUGGAUUCCAAUAGGAAUUACACAUCACUUUGCAAGCCAGCAUAAUGUUACUUGCAGGCCUGAUGUGGCCUGUAACCAGGAGUUUCCUAACACUACUGUUGGGGUAUAACUAGGCCCUCAAAGAAAGGCCUUGUGAAAUGUAAUGUAUUGCCAUAGAUCAUUUGAUUUGGAAGGCUAGUAAGGUUGGUGGAAUUGUUUAUAGGGGUUCUAGGUAGAAUCCUACACAGGGGUUUCUUUGAAUAACCCUAUGGGGACAAACUGAAGAACUCUAUAUGGUUCUACUUAGCACCUUUUUUUCAGAGUGUAUGUGUACAUGUGUGAAAGUGUGUGUUUGUGUGGCGUCAGUAUGCGUGUUUGUGUGCGUGUUUGUGUGAGAGUGUCAGGAUCAAGUCAUGUGAGAGUGCAAAAUAGUGCAGUGCAGAUAGUCCGGUUAACCAUUGGAUAGCUAUUCAACUGUCUUAUUCUUGGGGCGUCAGUAUGCGUGUGCCUUCGGAAAGUAUUCAGACCCCUUGACUUUUUCCACGUUUUGUUACGUUACAGACUUUACAAUCCUUUCUCGGAGCUCCACGGACAAUUCCUUUAACCUCAUUUCUUGGUUUUUGCUCUGACAUGCACUGUCAACUGUGGGAAAUUAUAUAGACAGAUGUGUGCCUUUCCAAAUCAUGUCCAAUCAAUUGAAUUUACCACAUAUGGACAACAAUCAAGUUGUAGAAACAUCUCAAGGAUGAAACAGGAUGCACCUGAGUUCAAUUUCAGUCUCAUAGCAAAGGGGCUGAAUACAUAUGUAAAUAAGGUAUUUGUUUUUUAUUUUUAAUAAAUUAUGAAAAAUGUCUAAACCUGUUUUCACUUUGUCAUUAUGUGGUAUUGUGUGUAGAUUGCUGAGAAAAAAAUAUUGAAUCCAUUUAAGAAUAAGGCCAUAACGUUACAAAAUUUGGAAAAGGUCAAGGGCUCUGGAUACUUUCCGAAGGCACUGUAGAAGCUGUCUCUGAGCCUGUUCGUCCAAGACCAGAUUCUCUGGUACAGCUUGCUGGACGGUAGCAGACAGACCAUCCAUGGUUUGGGUGGCUGAAGUCUUUGUCUAAACACAAUAUCAUACAUGUACUGUUUCUGUAUGAUAAUACCACUAUGCCUAAAGAGAUAUAUAUAUAUAUAUAUAUAUAUAUAUAUAUAUACAUACAUACAUACAUACAUACAUACAUACAUACAUACAUACAUACAUACAUACAUAUAUAUGUACAGUUGAAGUCGGAAAUUUACAUACACCUUAGCCAAAUACAUUUAAACUUAGUUUUUUACAAUUCCUGACAUUUAAUCCUAGUAAAAAUUUCCUGUUUUAGGUCAGUUAGGAUCACCACUUUAUUUUAAGAAUGUGACAUGUCAGAAUAAUAGAGAGAAUGAUUUAUUUCAGCUUUUAUUUCUUUCAUCACAUUCCCAGUGGGUCAGAAGUUUACAUACACUCAAUUAGUAUUUGGUAGCAUUGCCUUUAUAUUGUUUAACUUGGGUCAAACGUUUACGGUAGCCUUCCACAAGCUUCCCACAAUAAGUUGGGUGAAUUCUGGCCCAUUCCUCCUGACAGAGCUGGUGUCACUGAGUCAUGUUUGUAUGCCUCCUUGCUUGCAAAAGCUUUUUCAGUUCUGCCCACAAAUUUUCUAUAGGAUUGAGGUCAGGGCUUUGUGAUGGCCACUCCAAUACCUUGACUUUGUUGUCCUUAAGCCAUUUUGCCACAACUUUGGAAGUAUGCUUGGGGCCAUUGUCCAUUUGGAAGACCCAUUUGUGACCAAACUUUAACUUCCUGACUGAUGUCUUGAGAUGUUGCUUCAAUAUAUCCAGAUAAUUUUCCAUCCUCAUGAUGCCAUCUAUUUUGUGAAGUGCACCAGUCCCUCCUGCAGCAAAGCACCCCCACAACAUGAUGUUGCCACCCCCGUGCGUCACGGUUGGGAUGGUGUUCUUCAGCUUGCAAGCAUUUUUCCUCCAAACAUAACGAUGGUCAUUAUGGCCAAACAGUUCUAUUUUUGUUUCAACAGAUCAGAGGACAUUUCUCCAAAAAGUACAAUCUUUGUCCCCAUGUGCAGUUGCAAACCGUAGUCUGGCUUUUUUAUGGCGGUUUUGGAGCAGUGACUUCUUCCUUGCUGAGCGGCCUUUCAGGUUAUGUUGAUAUAGGACUUGUUUUACUGUGGAUAUAGAUACCUUUGUACCUGUUUCCUUCAGCGUCUUCACAGGGUUCUUUGCUGUUCUGGGAUUGAUUUGCACUUUUCGCACCAAAACACUGUCAUCUCUAGGAGACAGAACGCAUCUCCUACCUGAGCGGUAUGACGGCUGUAUGGUCCCAUAGUGUUUUUCCUUGCGUACUAUUGUUUGUACAGAUGAACUUGGUACCUUCGGACGUUUAGAAAUUGCUCCCAAGGAUGAACCAGACUUGUAGAGGUCUACAAUUUUUUUCUGAGGUCUUGGCUGAUUUCUUUUGAUUUUCCAUAGAUGUCAAGCAAAGAGGCACUGAGUUUGAAGGUAGGCCUUGAAAUACAUCCACAGGUACACUUCCAAUUGACUCAAAUUAUGUCAAUUAGCCUAUCAGAAGCUUCUAAAGCCGUGACAUUUUCAGAAAUUUCCCAAGCUGUUUAAAGGCACAGUCAACUUAGUGUAUGUAAACUUCUGACCCACUGGAAUUGUGAUACAGUGAAUUAUAAGUGAAAUAAUCUGUCUGUAAACAAUUGUUGGAAAAAUUACUUGUGUCAUGCACAAAGUAGAUGUCCUAACCAACUUCCAAAACUAUAGUUUGUUAACAAGAAAUUUAUGGAGUGGUUGAAAAACUAGUUUUAAUGACUCCAACCUAAAAUUAUGUAAACUUCCGACUUCAUCUGUAUACUGAACACAAAUAUAAACACAACAUGUAAAGUGUUGGUCCCAUGUUUCAUGAGCUGAAAUAAAAGAUCCCAGAAAUGUU